UCUGGAAAAUGGGUUCUCUGGUAAAAGUUAUAGACCCCAUCCUCAUGUUCUUCUGGGUGACAUUGAUUCUGGGAGUUCCUGCUCUGGAUACUCAAGUCUUCAUACCUCGCGAGUACUACCCCCGCUUCCUCGUCCAACUCAACGACUGGUUCCUCCGCUAUUCUGGCCACUAUCUCAUGAUAGAGAAGCCAUAUUUCUUCGUCGGAAUCGUCUUCCAUGAAAUCGCCUACCAAAUGCCACUCGUUAUUGGCAAUUUUUACGGCUUGUUGACUUCCAAGCCCUGGCUCAGGACCACUCUCUUGAUCUACGGCGGCUCUAUGACUGCUUCCAUGGUUCCUACAUUAACAGAAAUGGUGGGUUCCGGAAGAGCAUCUGCUAAGCUACUCGUGAUAUACGGCCCUUACUAUGCUGUAGGAUUAUUGGCAACUCUCCGAGGUUUGCUUACCCCUCACGACCUUGGGAAGAGCCCUCAAAUGUCCGCCAACGCCAAGAAGCAUGCUUGAAGUCAUUCUAUUGUCCUUCUUGAUGGUAGAUUUGGAAAU